GAUCUUGACAUAGUAUUGGAAAGUAAAGAGAAACAGAGACCUGGUAGUGAUACACCAGAAUCGCACGGGGGCAAACGACCGUUUGAAUGUCAACUUUGUCAGAAAACGUUUGGCCACGCAAUGAGCCUGUAUCAACACGAGACUAUUCACUGCCCUGACCGACAUUUCCAGUGUCACGAAUGUGGUAAAAUGUUCAAACGUUCAUCUACCCUGAGCACCCAUCUGCUGAUCCACAGUGAUACUCGACCCUAUCCGUGUCAGUAUUGUGGGAAGCGGUUCCAUCAAAAAUCUGAUAUGAAGAAACACACGUACACGCACACUGGUAAGUACUUGUUGGUCGUGUGUCUGAGUGCUUCUCCAUCGCCGCCCGACUUCUUCAAACCUUACGUAUGUCUUCAGUGUGGCAAAGCAUUCAGUCAGUCAUCCAACUUGAUCACACACUCGCGGAAGCAUACCGGAUUUAAACCGUUCUCUUGUGUCCACUGCAUGCGAGCGUUCCAACGCAAAGUGGAUCUGCGAAGACAUAUCGAGACACAACACGAUCUCAGCUCGACUGACUGCUCACGGAGGACCACAGAGGCGGGUGUUGCUGGUGCAGACCUAAACGAUUCGGGUGUCGUGCCUUUCAGAUUGGAACUGUCCACACAACUCACACCCAAUUCGGAACAGACGACACACAGUUCGACGAACGUGAAACACACUAUGAAUUCCACUCUGUCCUCCAGUACCGAGGAGAACGAGGCAGUACGAUUGACUGACGAACCAAAACAAUCGGGGACUGGGACCGGGGAACACAACGGGCAGAAUUGUAAAUCCAAGCCAUUACCCUAUUCUGUGGAACUGCUACUUGGACCAUCAAAAUUCCAUUCGAAUGACUAUGUUUGA